CCUUUCUUCUUCAAGGAAAAAGAACUCAUUUUCCUCUUGCUUGCGCGUGCUAGCGGUUCCCAAAUCCCACCAGCGCCGCCACAAGCCGCCGGUCGCCGGUGGCCGCUCCCCCGGAUCCCGCCGUCGCCGCUCCCUCGCUUCCUCCGUAGUGCACGCAUCCUCCGCCGGACGCCGCCCCACCUCCCCCGUCGCGCAGAGCAUCCAGGCGGGACGCCGACGCCCUCCCUCUUCCUCGACGCCCAUCUCCUCGCCACCGCCCUCCUAGGCGCCCCCUCCUCGACAACGACCCGAAUCUGCCUCUUCUCCAACGCCGGCCGCCGCGGAUCUGCAUCUGCCUCGUCGCCGGGCGGAUGUUCCUCGCCAAAUCCAAGGAAUCGAUGCAGUAUCAGGUCAUGGAGGGGAGGAAGGGCAUGCAAGAGUCAGACACUGCACCUGUUGUUCAAGUACCCAGAGAGCCUGCCAUCGUUAUCAAUGGUGUCCCAGACUUUCCUCCUGAUUUCGCAUCUGGUUCACAACUUGCAGUAAGAGAUGCCCCGCGAUCUGGAGUUGAUCAUCGCUUUGGUGAAUGGCUAGUAGAGAGGAAAGUGAGGAAGUGGUUUGGAGACAAGUACUAUGCAGGGCAAGUUGUCAGGUAUGACAGUGGAAACAAUUGGUACACCGUUGUCUAUGAAGAUGGAGACCAGGAAGAUCUUGAGUGGCACGAACUGGAGGAGAUCCUGCUACCGUUGGACAUAACCAUUCCACUCAACACACUUGUGAUGGACAAAUUCAAUCAUCAGAAUAUUGCUCCUGACUACAGAACUAAUGUUGCUAGCAAUCAGAUGGUGGUCAGAGCGGUAAAUCGCCAACAGUCAAACAACCUGCCACUACCAGGGUGGCUUCAGGCGUCAGCAUCAGCAGGAGAAAAUGCUCUAGUAUGUCUGAAACCUAGUGAUCAACCUAAGAAAAGGGGCAGGCCUCGAAAGGAUAGAAGUACAUCAGGUGAUAUUCAACCUGUGCGCAAAACAACAGGUGAUAUUCAACCUAAAAAAAGAGGCAGACCUCCAAAAGAACCUGGAGAGAAGAGUAUUGAUAGGCGCAAAUUAGAGACUGUCAGGGCAGAAAAAGUGAAGAGAGAAAGCAUGCUUCUGCGAGGGCCACCACCUGGAAGCCAGUCAUUCUAAUAAUCAAUAUCACUGUUCCAAUAUCUAGUUGACAUCUCUAAAUAUUCCAGUCUAUGUAUGCUUGCGACACUAGCUUUCAAUGUACUUUGUACAACCCAACCCACCGUACUUUUAAAUCUAUAUUUACUAUGCGACUGCUGCUGUCAUAUCAAAUUCUUCUCCUAGACAAGUA